ACGGCCCCACGUGGAUACGCAAACCACAUCAGUGGCAUAAAUCCGUAAAUUGUAGCAAAAUCGAGAGGUAUUUUCCAAGUUGUAAAUCCAUAUAAGCAGUUGCCGCUCAUCUCAUAAUCUCCCAUAAUUGUUUAUUAAAGUCUCUUUUGCUAUCUCCUUUACUUUGGUCGUUCACAAUGAAAGGAGGCACCGUCUCGUUUCUCUUCGUUCUUCUCAUCUCCACCUUCACCUCCAUUUUCUGCUUCCGUGAUGGGAUGUUACCAAACGGUGAUUUUGAGCUAGGACCAAAACCAUCAGACAUGAAAGGAACACAAGUGAUAAACAAGAACGCUAUUCCAAGCUGGGAGCUUACAGGCUUCGUCGAAUACAUAAAAUCCGGUCAAAAACAAGGAGACAUGCUCCUAGUAGUCCCUGCCGGAAAAUUCGCCGUCCGGCUAGGAAACGAAGCAUCGAUCAAACAGAGACUUAACGUGACCAAAGGAAUGUAUUACUCGCUCACGUUCAGUGCCGCAAGGACUUGUGCUCAAGACGAACGGCUCAACAUAUCGGUGGCCCCUGACUCGGGCGUCAUUCCUAUACAGACUGUGUACAGUAGCAGUGGAUGGGACCUAUACGCUUGGGCGUUUCAAGCUGAGAGUAACGUGGCAGAGAUCGUGAUUCACAAUCCUGGCGAGGAAGAAGAUCCUGCUUGUGGACCACUUAUUGAUGGUGUUGCCAUCAAGGCUCUAUACCCUCCAAGACCUACCAAUAAGAACAUAUUGAAAAAUGGAGGAUUCGAAGAAGGUCCCUAUCUACUCCCAAACUCCACAACCGGCGUUCUGAUUCCUCCAUUCAUAGAAGAUGACCACUCUCCUUUACCCGCUUGGAUGAUAGAAUCCCUCAAAGCCGUCAAAUACGUUGACGUCGAACACUUCUCAGUCCCACAAGGCCGUAGAGCCGUCGAGCUAGUUGCAGGGAAAGAAAGCGCGAUCGCUCAGGUGGCUAGGACCAUCAUAGGGAAGACAUACGUGCUUUCUUUUGCGGUUGGAGACGCGAACAACGCGUGCGAAGGCUCGAUGAUAGUCGAGGCGUUUGCGGGAAGAGACACGUUAAAGGUUCCUUACGAGUCGAAAGGGAAGGGAGGUUUCAAACGCGCUACUUUGCGGUUUGUGGCGGUUUCGACCCGCACGAGGGUUAUGUUUUACAGCACGUUUUAUGCGAUGAGAAGCGAUGAUUUCUCGUCGCUGUGUGGUCCCGUGAUCGACGAUGUUAAGCUCCUCAGCGUUCGCAAGGCUUAAAAUGGUCCUUGUUUUAUUUUAAAGGUUUUUUUCGUAUAAGGAGUGUGGGGUUUUUCUAAAAGAGUAAUUUUUAUCUCUGGUGCUUUUGAAAUGAGAUGAUUUAUAUACCGAGUGAGUUGUUAUGUUGUAGGGUUUUAUAUUAAACAGAAAUGUCUUGCUUAUAUCUAUUUCUUGUAUGAGAAGGCUGAAGAAAUGUUAUCGUUUUUAUUACUA